AUGCCUGCCUUUGCGCCCGUCUAUACAGCUCCUCCCUCGCAGCGCAUACUGCUCGCUCGCGAACAAAAGCGUCCUCGCAAGCGGAAGCGGGGUGGCAGUGAUGAGGACGAAGAGGACGAUGAGGACGGCGACGCCGAAGACUCGCCAUCGUCGGAGCCAGAUACUGACCAAGAGAAUGCAGCGCGCGGCUCUCAGUCCAUCAACAAGAAAGACCCAUAUCAUGUUGCUGGGUGGCCAAGAAACAAGCCGCUACCUGGAGCCAACUUCCCACAUGCACCCGCUAAAGAAGUGAAGAGCACAGGCCUGUCUGCGGAGGAAGAGCUUGCCCGACUCAAGCCUCCACUACUGCUUCCCAAGACCACCACCGACCAUCAGUCAGCGUCUCUGAAGCGACGGCACCUGGACACUCUGACGGCUCUUCUACACAAAUGCAUGCUGAACGGUGACUGGCAUCGUGCAUCUCGAGCAUGGGCACUUAUACUUCGGACCGAAGUUCAAGGUCGCAGUAUCGAUGUACGGCAGAAUGGACGCUGGCUGAUCGGUGGCGAACUACUGAUGAGACGUAACCAAGCCGUCGAACAGCAGCAAGUGGACGCACGUGUCGCAGAUGAUAGCGACCUCAACCUCGGUGCAGAACAAGGCGUGACGACAACACGUGUACCCAUCAUCUCAGAUGACGGCUUCGAGCUAGCACGGCAGUACUAUGAGCGAUUGAUCCUUCAGCAUCCGCAUCUACAACGAGCACACCACGACGCUGUCAAUGCUCUUGCGAUAUAUCCUGCCCUCUUUAACGUCUGGAUAUACGAAGUACAUGAUCGAGCACGACGAGCGAGGCAGAAGAUCCAUCUAGCACAAGAGACUUCCGAACUCGACAUGCGAAGUACUUCAGACGGCAGUGAGGACGAUGAAGUUUCAGAAAGAAAGCGCAAUCUCGUGCAAGUUCGGCGCACUGAGUUGGAUCAAGCUUCGCCGAUUGUGCAACGCAUGGACGAGCUUAUGCUUAGUCCACCUUACGAUACAAGCAAGGAGCUACUGCACUCGAGAGGCACGGUGGCACUGUGGCUGUCCGAUUUACACAAAGACAUCUCCAGACACCACAGUACCAGCGUCGAAAACAGCGGCACGUCUAGCGAAGAUGAAACGAUGCAGACCGAGUCGAUCGAAGCACAAGCAUCAAGGAAGCGUCACGAGACGCAGGCUUUUGCAGAACGACGCAAGGCGAAGACCAUUUUUGGCCAGCUGCAAUCUGCCGGCGUCGAGGUAUCGCAAGAUAUCAUGGACGUCCUCGAAGAAGACGAAGACCUUUCUGCAAACCACGACAUGGACUGA